CGGCAGGAGGCCGAGCUCGCCGCUAUAAAGGCGGAGGCGGUGAGGAUUGCGGUGUUCGCCGUGUUCGCUUCGGGGCGCCUUAUUGUUGUCCGCUGUAGCCCUCCCUGGCCGCUAACAUGGCGCUUUCCGGCGACCCCCAGUUUAAGAAGCUGGUGGAGUGGCACAAGGCGAACUCGUCCAAGCUCGUCCUGCGGCAGCUGUUCGAGGCCGACAAGGAUCGGUUCCAGAAGUUCAGCCUGACUGUGAAUACUGAUCAUGGGGAUAUCUUACUGGAUUAUUCAAAGAACCUUGUUACAGAAGAAGUGAUGAAAAUGCUGAUGGAACUGGCUAAGUCAAGGGGUGUGGAAAGUGCCAGAGAGCAUAUGUUCAGUGGAGAGAAGAUCAACUUCACAGAGAACCGAGCUGUGCUUCAUAUUGCUCUGAGAAAUCGUUCCAAUGUGCCAAUACUUGUAGAUGGGAAGGAUGUUGUUCCAGUAGUAAACAAAGUGUUGGACAAAAUGAAGCACUUCUGCCAGCGAGUCCGUAGUGGUGAAUGGAAAGGCUACACUGGAAAGGCAAUCACUGAUGUCGUCAAUAUUGGGAUUGGUGGCUCUGACUUGGGCCCUCUGAUGGUAACUGAAGCUCUGAAACCAUAUUCCAAGGGAGGUCCUCGUGUUUGGUUUGUAUCCAACAUUGAUGGUACUCAUAUAGCCAAAACCCUGGCUGAGCUUAAGCCAGACACUACGCUCUUCAUCAUUGCGUCAAAGACUUUCACCACCCAAGAAACUAUCACCAAUGCAGAAACAGCCAAAGAGUGGUUCUUACAUGCUGCUAAUGAUCCUUCAGCUGUGGCCAAGCAUUUUGUUGCCUUGUCUACCAAUGCUCCUAAAGUUAAAGGCUUUGGAAUUGACCCAGAGAACAUGUUUGAGUUUUGGGAUUGGGUCGGUGGCCGCUAUUCUCUGUGGUCUGCCAUUGGUCUCUCCAUUGCCCUGCAUAUUGGGUUUGACAACUUUGAGAGCCUGCUUUCAGGAGCCCACUGGAUGGAUAAUCACUUCCACACGGCUCCGCUGGAGAAAAACAUGCCUGUUCUGUUGGCCAUGCUGGGGAUCUGGUAUAUAAACUGCUAUGGAUGUGAAACCCAUGCCCUUCUGCCCUAUGACCAAUACAUGCACCGCUUUGCUGCCUACUUCCAGCAGGGUGAUAUGGAAUCUAAUGGCAAAUACAUUACCAAGAAAGGCUCUCGAGUGGAUUACAAUACUGGCCCUAUUGUGUGGGGAGAGCCUGGCACCAAUGGGCAGCAUGCUUUUUACCAGCUCAUUCAUCAAGGAACUCGCAUGAUUCCUUGCGACUUCCUGAUCCCAGUCCAGACCCAGCAUCCAAUCAGAAAUGGCUUGCAUCACAAGAUCCUUUUGGCCAACUUCCUUGCUCAGACUGAAGCCUUGAUGAAAGGAAAGACUGCUGAUGAAGCUCGUAAGGAACUUCAAGCAGCAGGACUGAGUGGAGAUGCUCUGGAGAAGCUCCUUCCCCAUAAGGUCUUUGAGGGAAAUCGACCAACCAAUUCAAUCAUGUUUACAAAACUCAACCCAUUCACUCUGGGAGCCAUCAUUGCCAUGUAUGAGCACAAGAUAUUUGUUCAAGGAAUUAUCUGGGAUAUUAACAGUUACGACCAGUGGGGAGUUGAGCUUGGAAAACAACUUGCCAAGAAAAUUGAACCUGAACUGGAGUCAGAUGCUCCUGUGACAUCUCAUGAUAGCUCAACAAAUGGGCUCAUCAAUUUCAUCAAAAAACACAGAGCCUGAAAUGAAAGAUUUGGAGGGGAUCGACAAUCUAGCCACCAAACACCCAGAUCUGUUGUAGUUGUGCUUUUUUAGCCACUUUUAACAAAAAUCGCACUUUACAGAUGUAGUGUUACUUGUUGCAGUUAAUCUUGUUGCGUCAAAUAUUACAAAUGAAAACUAGUUUUGUGAAACCUAGAGAUGGUAUAGUUGCUUACUAUUAUUGUGGCUGUUAUUCUGUAAAGUGCAGCUGAUAAUGUUCCCCAGUUCUUAUCCCUCACUUCCUUAAAGAUGAUCACAUACUGAUAAUGGAAAAUAAAAGGUAUGAUGGAUGAGUAAACCUUCUUCACUCUAUUUUUAAAGUGCAGACCUAGUAACAUGUGCUUCACUGUGUAAAGUUCUCUGAAGCCAAGUAACUCCUGUAUCUUUGGACUAAUUCUUCUGUGAGCUGGAAACUAGAAUGUGUAACAGCUGUAGAUUGUUCAGGUUGCAUCAUUUGAUGCAUGUGAGCAAGAUAAAGACUGUUAUCCAAUGCUACUGUGAAAAAGAAAGCGCUCUAAUCUUUGUAAAAGAUCUCCUGAUUUUUCUGUAUGCUGUGGCACCCUAUGUGUACAGCUGUCCAAAAAAAGAAAGCUCCUGGAGUGCCAGUGAUAACCAAAUUUUCCAAACAGUGUUCAAGAGUUUGAUGGUAAAACUUGAUCACUUGCAGAAGAAAUGAUUUUUUGGUGUCCUCCAGAGGCAGUUUCUCUCACUCUUCUGAAAUCAGCAUCACUGUUCCAACAACUUAAAAAAUUACUUUGUGAACAACGUGCUUAUACCCUCUUUUCUCUACCACUGUUAAUUCACCUUUGCUAGCAGACUGGCAUGCUGUGACUAUUGUUCUGUAACACCUUUAAUAAAGGUAAGACAAAGCAUUGAAAGGAAAA